CAGCUAAGUGCUACAGAAGCAGGUCUUGUUUUCAAAGUAUUCCUUCUGUGGUCAGAAUAUUCAGAGGACAAGGUCUCUAAUGGGGAAUAAAGCAAAGAUAAUUUGUAACUAUGCAUAACUGCACGUUCAGUAAAAUUUCAUGGGAUAUAUUUUAUUGACUGACAAAUAAUUCAAAACUGGAUUACAUGAGUGGACUUCAAUCAUGGAUUAUUAUUCUUAUAAUAAUGGAAACUUUAGUCAUGAGCUAUCUGAUGACUAUGCUAUAGUGGACUACCCACCCCUUGAGGGAGGCAUUCACAGUGUCAAGAUUGCUGUAGAAACCUACGUAUAUCCCAUCUUCUUAUUCCUGGGAACAAUCCUGACACCGCCUCUUGUUGUCCUUCUGUACAAGUUUAGCUACACAGUCUGGUCGAGUUGCUUUUUCCUGGCAAUGACCCUUAUCCUAGACCUGGUCCUGCUCUGUGUCUAUUGUGGGGACAAGUGGUACCUGCAGGUACAUAAAGAAUCUCUCAGCUUACAGAUCAUCUCCAUGUCCAAUGCCUCUUGCAAAGUCUACACAUUUCUCAUGAGUUUCAUCCGAUAUCUGUCACCCUGGAUCAUGGUGGUGAUAUCAGGGGAUGUGUUUAUUUCAAUGAACUACCCAAAUCGUAUCUACCGGAUGUGCACUCGUGAGAGAGCCAAUGCCACACUUCUGCUUAUUGUGGUCUUGUUGACGUUCAUAAAUCUUCACUAUUUCUGGACUUUUGGUCUGACAGAGAAGAGUGAGAAUUUUCACAGGCCUCGUCUUUGCCACCUGACCUAUAUGGACCUUUCUAUGGAGGUAUUCACACAAAAAAUCCAGCCUUACAUGGACUUCCUGCUCGUAAUUUUCAUCCCUUUCCUAGUGUCCUCCAUCCUUCUCUUCCUCAUCUUCUGCUUCUUCUGCACUCACCACCAGCAAAAAUUUGAUAUCCUUCAACUUAAGAACUACUUUUUGGAGGUGGAAGCAUUGCUUGAAAUGCGUCUUUUGGGACUAAUUCUUUGUGUGUGGUUCGUGAUUGUGUUUCUUUUUAAAUCUGUCUGUCAAAUUUUGUUCUUAAAGUUCCAGAGCAGUGACACCCUUGAUUAUGCCACCAUUGAGGCAAUUGACUUAACAAACAACCUCCUAUAUUUUUCCUUCCUAAGCUGCAAGUCACUGCUGUUUUACUUGCUAAGUGCUAAAAUCAGGAGAGGCCUGAUAGAGGUUGUGAUCGGCAAAUACCAAACUGUGGUCAGACAUUCACAAAGAUACAUUAUACAACAGCAGCCACACAUUCUCAUCCAGGAAUCAGAGGGUAUGGCAGAAACAGGGGUUAAAAUAUCCACAGAUGUGUAAGACUGUGAUGUAUAAAAAGCAUGAGCAUAAACUAGUGAUGUGCUUGUCUGAAAAUACAGGAGCAGCAUAGAAGUUAUUCAGUAAAUGAUGCAACUGAUUAAAUUCAGAAGCAUAGAAUAACAGAUUUGUUACAUGAGAAGAAGCACAUGCAGCAUGAAAUAUCACUAUCAAAACAAAAGGCAUGAUGUAUUCAUAAAGAAUGAAUCCUUUUUAAAUGCAGAAUUUGACCUUUUCAAAUCAGAAUAUUGUUAUAGCUAAAGUCUUCAAGCAUAGUCUGUAUAGAUACUCAUAAAAGAUUUUUUUUGGAAAGAGACAUUCAAUAUAUUAUUCAUUAUAUUGAUUAAAUAAAAUCAUAUACUUCACUGUAAAA